AUGGCCUUACCAACCCCUCCAUCUCCUUCCGACAACCGUUUCACUCUAGUUACGCCGGAUGACUACCAAGGCUACAUCUAUAUCGCAACAAUCACCUCUCUUGUCUGGUCUAGCAUUGUUUUCAUCGUCAGACUCUUUAUCAAAUGGGGCUGCUACAGUGGCGAUGAUGUGCUUGCCGGUCUUGCACAAGCGAUUAGCUUUGGUCAAUGGAUACCUGUGUUUAUUGCCCUUGAGAACGGGCUUGGAAAGAACAUCUCCUCACCUGAUAAGAAAGAACAGUUCACUCUAGCCGAGGCAACUGCUGCGUCUCGAAUUAUCCUGAUCGUUGUUCUGGCUCUCUGCAAAUCAUCUGUGCUCCUCCUUAUUCAGCGCAUAUUCGCCCAGCAUGACAGCAAAAAGUCGUUGAUACGCUACUUAGCCGGUCAAGGCGUCAUUGCUCUUUGGGGGAUUGCCUCUGUCCUCGCAAUCUCGAUACGAUGUUCGCCGAAUCAUAUUCUUCCCGGAGAUAGGAACGGUCAAUGCAGCGGCGACGUUCUCCGAUGGAAAGUCAUAACAGCAUUCGACGUGCUCAUCGAAUUGGCGCUAGUGAUCCUGCCCGCCUACCUCGUCUCGCGUGUUCGAAUACAGCUCGGCAAGAAACUGGUAGUAGUGGUUGCUUUUGCUUUUAGGCUGCCUGCCGCGGGCUUCUUUAUCGCACAUCUUACCGCGUAUUCCGACCCCGCGAACCACCGCAACACCGGCACAAAGUUCUCCACCCCGAUUGUCUGGCAGCAGGUCGUUAUCGCAUAUUCCCUCGCUGCUGUAACCAUCCCCACUCUAAAGCCUUUCCUUCAAGGCUUUAACACUGGCGGUAUGGGAUACACAUCUGAGGCCAUCAUCGGGUCGUCGGCAGCCACCCCCAGCAUGGGCAGUGGUCAACGAAGUGGAUGGGGGGGCAAACAGCUAAGUUCCAAUUCAUCGGGUCUGGAUGGGAAGAUGCGUCUGCGCCCGGAACGUGCGUGCUAUUCUGCUGACGUGGCUUGUAAUGGCGUCCAGCGGGAGGAUGCUAGCGUCAUGAGUGAUAAUUCGCAGGAGAUGAUUAUUCGGAAGGAUGUUAACUGGGAAGUUCGGCGCGACUAA